GCGUGCGUUGCUAUGUCAACCUUCUCUAUAUAUAUUAGUGUAAGCUCCAUGCUUCAAACAAUAGUAAUAAUUGAAAGUAAAGCACGCGUUCUACAUUGUGUUUUCCGGCAUCGGUGAACGUCGCCGCAAAUGAACGAGUCACAGAGAGUCGGCGUUGGCUUAGUGCGGGGUUUCCAUCGCCGUCGAUCGCUGGAGGACCGAUCAUCAACCCGGCGGCGACAGUCCCUCUUCUCCGGCGCCGGAAAUUUGGAAGCCUUGGACGCUGACGACUUCGCUGAUGUGUUUGGGGGGCCACCGAGGACUCUGCUGGCGCACAAAAUCUCAAGCUGCGGGUCGUUUUACGAAGAAAUAUUCAGGGCGCCAGAGUUUACGUGUCCAGUCGCGAAGGGUGGCCGGAGCUUGCCAGUGUUCAGGAUUCCGGCGAGGAAUGAGGGAUUUUACAGCGACAUAUUCGGGUCGGACGAUGAGCGGAAAUCGAGAGAGCGGUCGAGGUCUCUGUCGAAGGAGAAUUCGUCGUCGGCACUGAGUUCGGAGGAGCUGAGCCCUCGACGGCCAGCGAUUGGAGAUGACGUGGCACUAUGUGGUUUUUCUUCAAAGCACAGGCCAAUCAAUGUUCAAUGGAAAUGGAACACAUCCACCGUGAUGCCGGAGGCUGAGGAAUACUCAAGUAAACAUGGGGUGCCACUUUUUGCAUUCAAUGAUCAGUUAUUUGAAUUUCACCAUCAGGAUAAUAACGAAUUCAAGAAGAACUUCAGAAGCUCCCCUUUAGGAUCCUCAAGAAGAGUCUCGUCCCCAGAAACAGUUAGUUUUGAAUCCAAUUCGUACCAAAACAUCAAAGUUCUCACCGAUGACUGGGAGCUCAAUUCCCCAUUUUCUGUUGUCUCCUCUUCGCUUUAUCAAGAACCUGAGACAAAAGUUUCAGUCCAUGAGCACGUGUUCUCAGAACAAAUUAUAGAAGGUGAUGAUUACGAAGAUGAGGAUGAUGAAGUUAUGAGCUCCUAUGUCAUUGAACUCAACUCCAACCUGGGAAGGGAAGAGUGUGGAGCAUCCGCCAUUGAUGAUGCAAUUGCAUGGGCCAAAGAGAAGUUUCAAUCACGAAACUCUGAUGAAGAAUCAAGCGCGAGAAAUGAUAGAAAUGAGCAAAUUGUUGGAAGACAAGGAAGAUCUGAUGCAAGUGAAUACCACCAUGAUGAUGGGACUGGAAUAGUUUACACAAUGGAGCAACUGACUGAGACAGAAAAAUUGGACGGAGAUAUAAGAUUGUGGUCAUCUGGCAAGCAAAGAGAUAUUAGGCUACUACUUUCGACACUGCAUCAUAUUCUAUGUCUUGAGAGUGGUUGGCGUGCUAUUCCUCUUAUGAGUCUACUAGAAAGCUCACAAGUGAAAAAGGCUUAUCAGAAAGCGAGGUUAUGCCUGCAUCCAGAUAAACUGCAGCAAAGAGGAGCAACAUCCCUACAGAAGUAUGUAGCAGAGAAGGCUUUCUCAAUUCUUCAGGAUGCAUGGGCUGCAUUUAUUUCCGAAGAUGUUUCGUUUUAGCCAGAGGGUGACUCUAAUUCUUGGUAGCUCAGUUUUGUCUGGAAUAAGAAGUGUUAGUUGACAUACAGCACAUAAAUCUAAAACCAUGAAACUUGAAAACAUAAGCUCUUUUGUACAAAGUGUUGCUGAGGGAUCUACUGUUUUAUUUAUGUUUUGUAUCAUAACUUCAUAAGCUGUUUGUUGCUUUAGUAGGUAUAUUUCUAAUGUAAUUACCAGAAAGUAAUUGGUCUUAUAUUUGAUUUGUAAA